UGUGCAGUGCCGCAGUAGCAACAGUGUGUUAAGUGCGCGUGCAGCAGCAACAGGAGACGCUUCUCCGCAGGUGGGACCGGAGACAGAGAGAAACGGCGACUUUAAACCUGAGUUUUACUCGGUGUUUGAGCUUCAACUGAGCUCCGAGUGAUUCAUUCACACUUCUUCUCCACAGCUUGUUUUUCCCUCCACGCUGAACUGGUGUUUGUCGUUACGCACGAGAGGAAAGGAGCAGGACGAGUCUUAAACCAUGUCGCCAACUUGUUGAUGUUGCUGCCACUUAUUUUUUUCUGCCGUCAUUCUGGGAUGUGAAGAUGCCACAUUCUGUCAACUCCUUCCCGACGGAAACACUCAUCUCGAAAACCUUCCCUUUGGACUUAAUCUCUACCAGCGUGUGGCCUACAGAGCCGUACGCAGCAGACAGCUUCGUCGCCAGCGUCAGCAACAUCAGCAACGUCAGUGGCAUCAGUGGGAAAGGAAUCCUCCGCUGCACCUAUAAGGAAGACUUUAAACGUAUCUUACUCCCUGCUGUGUACACCUUUGUGUUCAUUCUCGGACUUCCUCUCAAUGCUGCUGUCAUACUGAAAAUAUGGAGGACUCGGCCCAAUCUGUCCAAAAACAACAUUUAUAUGCUCAACUUGGCCAUAGCCGACCUCCUGUAUGUGAUGUCACUUCCCUUGCUUAUCUACAACUACGGCAGUCAUGACUACUGGCCCUUUGGGGAGUUUACUUGUAAGCUGGUCAGGUUUCAGUUCUACAGUAAUCUCCAUGGCAGCAUCCUCUUCCUCACCUGCAUCAGUGUGCAGCGCUACGUGGGCAUUUGCCAUCCCCUGGCGAUGUGGCCCAAGCAAGGUGGACGCAGGCUGGCGUGGUGUAUCUGCGGAGGGGUGUGGCUGGUGGUCGCCAUCCUGUGCGCUCCGACUUUUCACUUCGCUGCGACGGGAAUCCAGCGAAACCGCACCGUGUGCUAUGAUUUGAGUACGCCAAAGAGAUCAGUAGACUACUACCCUUAUGGCAUGGCUCUGACCUGCCUCGGCUUCAUGUUGCCUUUCAUGGGCGUGAUGGUGUGCUACUGUCGGAUGGCCCACAUCCUCUGCCGCCCAGUGUCCUACGAGGGCGUCUCCAUCGCCACUGGGGAGAAGCGAGACAAGGCGGUGAGGAUGAUCAUUGUGGUGGCGGCGGUAUUCUGCAUAAGCUUCCUGCCGUUUCACCUCACCAAGACCAUGUACCUGGCGAUACGUACUCUUCCAAAUGCACCCUGCGAGAUGAGAAACUUGUUUUCGAUCAUCUAUAAAAGCACCAGGCCGUUUGCCAGCAUGAACAGCUUUCUGGACCCCAUUCUGUUUUACUUCACCCAGCCUCGCUACCGCCGGAGCACCAGGAGGUUUAUGCUCAAAGUCACCACCCUCAGGGACAAGGGCACCAGUGUGUGAGCCGACAGUACAUCAUACACUGCAACAGUAUUUCUUUAAGCCUUGUUGCUACACCAGUGGUGGAUCCCAGGAGGCUGCAAAGUGGUUCAUGUAUCGGUAGCUGAGUUUUUAGCCUUAUGCUUUACCUACUGCUCACCACAACAAAGAACUACCUUCCUGAGAGGGUUUGAAAAUGAUUUAGAGGCACUGACAUAUUAAGAAGCCUUCUGAAAUAUGGCAAGCUGUUUUAACAUUUAAUGGCCAGACUGGAUAUAUGUUGCAGAUAUCCAUAAUUCAAUUCUUCCUACACAGAGAGAGCAUUUCAGACGUUCAUAAUGUCAUUCUUCCCAGGAACAACGACGCCACUUUUGACAUUCAUGUGUAUUAGGCUUUCAUCUUCAGAUAUCCACGUCAUUGUAAAUCCACCGAAAACAUUCAGGAUAUCUGCAGCAGAAUUCUUGUUAGGAAAACUCCAAUUUAGUGGUUAGCAUUGUUGCCUCACAGCUAAAAGGUUCCUGGUUCGAACCCAGAUUGGGGGAGCUUCCCUGUGUCAGCAUGGGUACCUCUAGGUACCCUUGCUUCCUCCCACAGUCCAAAGACAUGCAGGUUAACUGGUGACUCUAAAUUGCCCGUUGGUGGGAAUGUGGGCAUAAAUCUAUGUGUCAGCCCUGUGAUAGUCUGGCGACCUGUCCAGGGUGUACCCUGCCUCUUGCCCAGUAUCAGCUGGGAUAGGCUCCAGCCCCCUCGCGACCCCCAGCAGGAUAAGCGGUUACGGAAAAUGAAUGGAUGAAAGAAUGCACAAUACAUUUGAAGAUAGCUGCACUUGCAUUGUUACUAGUUAGUUUUGGAUAUUCAAAAUGCCAUUAUGGAUAUCUGGAACGUUUUUUUCUGGAUAUUUGAAAUUAAAAUUAUGAUUAGUAACAACUGGAUUGUGGAUAUCUGAAAUUGGAUUUUUUUUUCCUAUUAAGAACUGUGUUGCAGAUACCCUGAAUGUUCACUCUGAACAUCUAAAAUUCAAUUGUGGAUGUCUGAAAUUCAAAUCCAGAUGCACAUGAGUAGCAAAAUUGAUGUAAUUUUUCCUAGGAAAAAUAAUGUUGAGGAUAUCUGAAAUGACUAUUUUAAAUAGGAAGAAUGACAUUGUGAAUGUGAUUACGGACAUCUGUAAUACACAUCCUUUUAUACUUUUCAAAGAUUUAAAGACAUCUUAAAUUUAGUUUUGACUUGUACAAAUUUCUAGAUAUCUUAAAAUAAUAUUUUUUACGAGUAAGAAUGCAUUGUGGAUAUCUAUAUCUACCAUUCUGACUAGAGAGAAUACAGUUUUGAUUAGGAGAAAUGUUAAAUUGGAUAUCUAAAGUGUACUUGCACAGAGGAGUGUGAUUUGAUUAUAUGUUAAAACAACUUGCCAUACUGAAAUGCAAAAUGAAGGUUGUAAUCUCUUUAAUAUAAAAAGUAAACGGACAGAGAAAACCAGGAGGAAAAUUUCCCAGAGCUUAAAUAAAAAUGAUAUAAUCUUGAACGGGCAUUAACCAUCUCAGCCAUCACACUGUAUUUCCCUGGGGAAUUCAGACAUUGAGGACACUUCUCAUUGAAAUUACAGAUACUGUCAUGCCUUUAUUUCAUGAUUAUUGAGGCUGAGUAGUGCUGUACAUGCACUAUAUGUAUCAGGGUAUUUACAUCCUGCAUUGUCCCUACUAUCUGUGAAAUGUUUAUUUUCAGUCUCCGCUGUGUGCUGGGUAGUAAAGAGAAACUUUUAUUAUUUUUGUAAAUAAUUAUUUUGUGUCACACUGUGAAAUACAGUAUAAUAUAUGUAGAUGAUGCUAAUGAUAAUGCUCCAACAUGAUAAAAUAACGAGGAGUGUCUUCCUCCACAGUUUAAUGUAGAACUAAAAGUGAAAGACGAUUUAGAGAUAUUGAACUGAAAUGGUUAAAGGGAGAAGGAAAGAUCAAUACAUGUAUUUUUGGGGAUAAAAUCCACCAUGGCACAAAGCCAUGUAAAUGCUUACAGUUACUGUAAAUGUGUACGACUGCAUGCGUGAAGCACCUGUGUGGAAAUGUGCAUUUUUAUAUGGAGUAUUACACUUUGAUAUGAAGGCUUCUACUGUUGUAAGACUUGUUGUUGCAUGUUUUCACCACUGGGUGGUGUGUGCACUCCACUGCUGUAACCCCUCUGCACUGAAACGCCAGCUCUAUUCCGUCUAUAAAUGGUGCGGUUAUGAGCACAUUAUCCAGUGAGGAUAAGAUCUUAGCUAUUACAAUCAGAGAUAAAUCAGUGCCAACAAAAAUUAAAUAUCCAGCUCAUGUCAGUCUGUAGUUUUGCCUUGUGUUCCUUAAAUUCUCUAGUGGACAAAGGAAGCCCGUUUUAAAGUAUGUGCCAAUGUUAAUACAUUUAAGAGUCAUUAUCAGAUGCAUGAGGGGGAGGGAAAAUGCUAUUUUUAGACUUAAAUGCAGGCUCUAAAUUAAGGGACAACCCUGCUUUUUCCCCACUUCCUGUUGUUGUGUGAACUCCUUCCAUGAAUUCAGGAUUUCUCUUCUAAGAAAUCACCUCUGCUGAUUGAAGUUUGGUGCUAUAGAGAUAAUAAAGGAUGAAUAAUAGGGAAUAGAGACUCUUAAAGAGGUUUCCAGAGUACAUGUGAAUUGUUUGGUACUUAGUACUGCUUUGAUUGCUCUACCUGGAUACAUACAGUCUAAAUUUGUACAGUCUAUACAAUUAAACUUGCUUCUACUAUUGCUUAUGGAGUUGCACCAAAUAACUGAGUUGCUGAGUUCAUGAUAGGCAAUCUGUAACGUUCAUGAAGUGGAUGCAGUUUGCUCAGUAGUUGGUUGUGACUUCAUUUUUCUGUUGUUUAAUGUUAUUUUAACUUAAUUCAAAUGUAAAUGUUUUUCCUAGCUCUUACUUUUCUGAUUACUUUUGCAGAAAACUGAGGUCUCGUUCACUUAAAGCAGCGGUCAGCUGCCAGAGGGAAAAUAUGGAGUGAAAAAAGUUGAAUAAAUAUAAUUUAUGUGGAGGAAAUAAAGAAAGGGUUUGCUGAUGCUAUCAAGCUGACCUUUAUCUGACUAAAGUUCCCUUUUAUUGUUAGUGACUGAUAAAAAUGGGGGAGUGGGGGAUGGGAUAUGAACUUUUUCCAACUUCUGAAGAGGGACAUGACCAAAAAAACAAAAAUGAGAAUCACUGCUUUAAGCGUUAGCAGAUGUUGCAUGAAUUUGACCAGAUUGUAUUCUGCGGUCCUAUCGGUAAUUCUGGCAUUGUUUUUGAUACACUGUUGUGAAUAGUGGUUUAAUGUGAACAUGUAAUUCCCAUGCAUUUUAAAUGCAAGGAACAUUUUGACCACAAUAUGCUUAAAGAUGUUAGGAACUUCCUAAUGUAUGUGUGUGUUCAGUGUGCUUAUUCAGUAGUGUAGUAAUAUAUCUUGAUGUUUAUGUCUGUCAGGUUGAAUAUUUGCAAUGUCAGAUGAUUUUUGUCUGUAGUGUGUGUGAGGUUAGUUUAGAGGGAUGACAUGUCUAUGCACUGUACCAACACAUUUGUGUCAAUCAGUAUUAUUUAGAAGAAUUCUUAUUUUUUGUAAUAAAAGAGUAAUAUCAGAAAUAGAAUUUUAUUUUUGUUACAUAGAUAUUAUUGUGUGAUGAAAAAGAAACAUGUAUGUUUUUAUAUGCAGUAUAUAAAUUAGUUUUUUCUUGUCUUACCAUGCAGCCCCCUUGAGUUGCUUGUGUAAAUGUUUUGGAUGUUGUCAUACUGUAACUAACAAACAGCCAUUAAAAAAAGUCACACAGCC